CUCCCAGUUAUAAUUCAAUGAAUAUCAAUGGUAAGUUUUGGUCUUUAUGGCCAUUUUAAAAAUUGUUUCCACAUGUGUAAAAUAGUCUAUAGUGUUUUGAAUUUAAAAAAUAACGGAAAGUAAAUAAGAAAUAAGAGCAAGGGUAUGUAAAUGUAGAAAGAGACCUUGCUUUGUGAUGUGGACCAGAAACUUUAUACCAACCCCUCACAAAUACGUAAUAUAAAUAUCACGUCACUUUUACAAGCUAAAAAAAUGAAGGAGGCAAAAUUCUUUACUUUCAAAAGCACAUUGUUAAUUUUCGCAUUUAAAUAUUUCGGGGGUAGGCGGGUUGGGUAGGGGUAGGACUUGAGAUGAGUCAUAAACAGAAAUGAAAAUUUUCAGAGGUUACAGGAAUUAGAUUUUGUGUUUUUUUUAUCAUCUUAAGGUGACGUAGCGAGGUGAGGGACAACUACCUAAAAAAAGACAGAAAAUGGAGUGGAAGAUUGGUGACGGAGUUCUCUCAAACAAAGCACGUAAAUACAAGUACAGAGAGGCAAUGGAAUUCCUAGUUCUCUAUACAUACAUAGUCGAGAAAGAAGUUCAAUCUUGGAUCCUGUUUUUGAUGUGGACACACCAGGAGAAGCCUGUACCAAGCAGGAAGAAACUGAGCAGGAGAAUGGUGACAUAUGUCCACAACGUGGGUCAGACUUCCUCGUCAUCAUCCUCAGGCACGUCCGCAACAUCAGUCCAGUCUUCGAGUCCCAACUUCACUUCAAAUCGAGGACACAAUGUUGCAGUAAUUUCAAAGCACCGAUAGUCAUGGUGACAACAUAACUGUAGAUCAAUUUUUCUCCAGUUUGUCCCCCAUUGUCCCACACUGUAAAAGUUACCUCAAUGCCAGCUCCAUUGCCAUGAUUGCUAUGAGAUUAAUUUCGGUCUUCUGAACAUUGAACAUACUACUAUAGGAAUUAAAGGUUUCGUGUCAUCUAAAUCCAAGUCGAUUCCUAUUGAUGUGAUAAACAUCUCACAAUUUAAGAAUCCAAAUAUGUUUCGUAGAUUUAAAAAAAGGUAACGGAAAAUA